AUGAGCAAGGACUAUCAAAUAUUUUGGCCAUCACCUUCAGAUCCUGUUUUUGAAGUGGAUACUUCUCAUGAAAAAGUAGAAAGCAUGUCAGAAUCGGAUACCAUGAAUGUCAGCAAUCUUUCUCAAGGCAUAAUGCUUUCAGAUUCUCCCAUCUGUGUGGAAACCACCAGUACCACUUGUGACUUGCCUCAGAAUGAAAUAAAGAAUUUUGAAAGGGAAAAUGAGUAUGAAUCCACACUUUGUGAAGAUGCUUAUGGCACACUAGACAAUUUGUUAAAUGAUAAGGAAAAUAAGACUCAGAGAGUAACUUGCCCAGGAUUGUGUAGCUUUAAAUCAAAGAAUGUACUAACUCAGCCAGUUGACACCAUCAGCAUGUCUUCCUUGGGACAAUUUGACACCGUUUGCAGAUUUCACUGGGUAGAAGCAUUUGAUGAUGAAAUGACAGAGAAACCAGAAUUUCAAAGUCAAGUGUAUAAUUAUGCAAAAGACAACAAUAUAAAGCAAGACUCAUUUAAGGAAGAAAAUCCAAUGGAAACUGUUUCUGCAAAUACAGACCAACUUGGUAACAAGUAUUUUAGACAGCCUCCUCCUAGAAGCCCGCCUCUAAUCCACUGCAGUGGAGAGACCCUGAAAUUUCCAGAAAAAUCACUGGCUAAAAGUACUGCCAAGGAAUCUGCCCUCAACCCUAGCCAACCUCCAAGCUUCUUAUGCAAGACUGCAGUUCCUUCGAAAGAAAUACAGAAUUAUGGGGAGAUUCCUGAGAUGUCAGUCAGUUGUGCAAAGGAAGUCACAGCAGAGGGUAUGGAGAGGCCAGAAAUUGUCUCAACUUGGUCUUCGGCAGGCAUCUCCUGGAGGAGUAAAGCAUCUCGGGAGAACUGUGAGAUGCCUGACAUGGAGCAAAGUGCUGAAAGCUUACAACCGGUUCAAGAGGACAUGGCUUUAAAUGAAAUCUUGCAGAAAUUAAAACAUAUGAACAGAAAGCAGGAGGCGCAAAUCCAAGAACUCCAGUGUAGUAAGCUGUAUCUAGAGAAGAGGGUUAAAGAACUACAGAUGAAGAUUACCAAACAGCAAGUGUUCAUUGAUGUCAUCAAUAAGCUAAAGGAGAAUGUUGAAGAAUUAAUUGAAGACAAAUACAAAGUAAUCCUAGAGAAAAGUGAUACCAAAAAGACAUUGCAGAAUUUGCAAGAGAUUUUAGCUAACACCCAAAAACAUCUUCAGGAAUCCAGGAAUGAAAAGGAAAUGUUACAGCUUCAAUUUGAGAAGAUCAAGGCUAAUUAAGUGCGUUUACAGGAAAGGUACAUGACUGAAAUGCAACAAAAAAAUAAAUCUAUAAGUCAGUAUUUAGAGAUGGAUAAAAUCUUAAGCAAGAAAGAGGAAGAGGUAGAGAGACUACAAGUCAAAAAAGAACAGGAAAAGGCCACAGCUUCUGCUUUGGUGUUGAAACGGGAAAAAGAGACCCAAGAGCAAGAGUUCUUGUCUUUACAGGAGGAAUUCCAGAAACGCGACAAGGAAAACCUGGAAGAAAGACAGAAACUGAAAUCUAGACUUGAGAAAUGGCUCACUCAGGUUAAAAAUUUGCAAUGUAUGUAUGAAAAUGAAAGAGCUAAGAAUAUAAAACUUCAGCAGCAAAUCAACGAAGUAAAAAGAAAUAAAAAAUUUAAACAGCAGGUUGCAAGGAGUGAAGAGCAAAAUUAUGUCCCUAAAUCUGAGACAGCUCAGUUAAAGGAGCAAUUAGAGGAAGUCAUGAAGUCAGAUAUUACCAAGGAUACAAAAACGACACAUUCUAAUCUGCUCCUGGAUUGCUCACCUUGUGAAGAAGAGAGCCUGAAUCCUGCAGAUAUAAAAAGAUCUUCUCAACUGGCCUCCAAAAUGCACAGUCUUCUGGCUCUGAUGGUGGGACUUCUCAAAGCCUGCAUCUUCCAGGCAGUCAGUGAGGCCCAUCACACCUUCUGUGGGUCUGUGUCUGCGCUCUGUGCUGCAGCACACAAGGGCAGGCCACUCAGGAAAGGAGGUGCUGAAGAGAUCACAAAAUUGGGACAUCUCCUAGAGUCAAAAGAAAGCCACUGCAACAGACUCAUUGAAGAAAAUGACAAGUAUCAAAGACAUUUAGACAAUAUUUUUUUCAAGGUUACAUCAUAUGAAGAAAUCAUUGAAUGUGCUGACCAAAGGCUCGCAGUAUCCCACUCCCAGAUUGCACAGUAA